ACGUUCAUAUUCAUUUCCGGGUUCGUCAAACGCGGACAAACAGUUUAAUAAUAUGCGAGUAGGGGACUUGUGGGCUAUGUGGGUGUGUUUCUUCCGUUCCUUGGUGAAGCUCCUCACUCUCACCAUUUUGGUCGCGAUAGUUCUGUCUGCUCUUCGAAAUGCAACUGUCAAGGAAGUUACGAAGCCAAGCCCCCUUCCUGCAGAAGAGUACAGGCUCCUCUCCCCCGAAACGUACUCCUAUAUUUUCAAUCAGCCUGACGCUUGUAAGAAGGGAAAUCCCUUCCUGGUGUUUAUGGUGCCAGUGGCACCUCUGGAUUCGUCGGCAAGGGAUGCCAUAAGAGAAACGUGGGGUGCUGCAGGUCAGUCCACCAUUACACUGUUUUACAUGGGGGUGCCUAAGGAAGGACAGGUGAAAAGCAUCCAGGACAAGCUGGAGGAGGAGAGCAAUAACUAUUCAGAUGUCAUCCAGAUGAACUUCUUGGACAGUUAUGAGAAUCUCACAAUCAAAAGCAUGAUGAUAAUGAACUGGCUGGCGACCUACUGCCCCAACGCCACCUAUGCCAUGAAGGUGGAUGCCGACAUAUUUGUGAAUGUAUUCUUUCUUGUCAGAUUACUGAGCAGCUCUCCCAGGAAUAAUUACAUUGCAGGAUCGGUGAUAUCCGAUGGCAAGCCAAGGAGGGACCGCAACAGCAAGUGGCACCUGUCAAAGCACCUGUACCCUGAGGACAACUUCCCUUCAUAUGUGUCAGGUGCUGGGUACGUCUUCUCAAUAGACAUGGCCGCCAAGGUGUCAUGGGCUUCCAGGUUCGUCCGAAGGAUCCCGAUAGAGGACGCCUACGUGGGAUUGUGUCUGCACGUGCUUGGUGUACAGCCUGUCCCCUCGAGAAGCUGGCUGGUAUUCGGGAGGAACCUCUUUGAAAUCCGGAAUCUGGACUAUGACAGGUGCACUUUUGCCAGACUUGUUCUCGUCAAUGGCUUUCAGCCUUCUCGGUUGCGGCAAGUUUGGAAGGAUUUCUCACAAGGCUAUAAAAGCUGCUGAAUUUGAAUUAAGUGCUUCAGAGGUGGAUCUCUUGUCAGGUUUUGAAACAGCCAAGAGUUUAGAAGCAUAUGCAGAGACAGUAAAUAUGGCCUAUUUUUAUUGCCUCUGUUAAAAACACACUGUCUGCCUCACUUUAGAACCAUAUCCUUGCUGUCAGGCGGAAACUACCUGUUUCUCAUGAUGGUCUAUUGUUGUAUAGAUUGACUGUUUUUUUACACUAAUGGCUUCAAUUGAUGUGGACCUGUUUUUGUCUGUUAGUUUUACACAUUAUUAUCCUGUUUAAUGUGUUGAAUAUAGCUUGAUAGCAAAUCUAUUAACAUUCACUCACCUGUGGACACUCACCUGUCAUACAUUUUGUUCUAAAACACCUGAUGACUCAACAUUAAUUUGCUUUUUUGAAGUGGCACUGGCUCAUGUUGACGUCAUGUCAUCCAAUGCCAGUGCAAUAAAUUAGUGAGAUAUCUAUAAUUUACCGAAAAAUAGUUAUUUUGGUGGUGUGAGGACUCUGCCUGACAGCAACCAUUUUUAUUGAUAUUUUUUUUUCAAGUGAGCUUUAUAACUGACAAUGACAACACUACAACAAAUACUGUAAUAUGCUAAUAAUUAUAAACCAAGGGGGCACAUCCGUCUCUCAGUACAGAGGUGCAAGGUUCAAUUCU